AUGUCGGAGGAAAGACAGCGGACUAGGGAAUCAAUGCCUGCUUCAACACCAGAGAUGUCCUCAAAAUCUGCAGCAUUUAAGGAACAAAUUAGUGCUGCAAUCAUUGAUGGACAUGAAAGUGAAGUUUCAUUCGAUAACUUCCCGUAUUACUUAAGCGAAACCACAAAAAAUGUGCUGAUUACCACUUUAUAUUUACACCUAAAGCAUAGAGAGCAUGAUAGAUAUACCUCUAAGCUUCCAGCGUUCAACUCAAGAAUUCUGUUUUCUGGUCCUGCAGGAUCGGAAAUAUAUCAAGAGAUGCUGAUGAAGGCACUUGCUCGUUAUUAUGGGGCUAAACUGAUUAUUUUUGAUAGCCAAGCUUAUUUGGGUGGGCUGUCAGCGAAGGCUGCUGAGCCAAUGAAAGAGGGAUAUAGUGCAGACAAAAUCACAAGCGGAUUGAAGCAAAUUCUUGGGGACCUCCUUGGCUUGACCGAAGGCACUGAACCAUCAUCUAGCCAAACUUCUAAUACUAACUCUUUGGAUGGGGCAUCGGAAAACACCGUCUUUAUGGCAGGUGAUAGGGUGAGGUUUGUUGGUUCUACUUCUGAUGCACAGCGCUCGACUCCCGUCGGGGGACCAACAUUUGGGACUAGAGGGAAGGUGGUAUUGACUUUCCAUGAUAAUCCAUCAGCAAAGGUUGGCGUAAAAUUUGAUAGGCCUAUCCCUUAUGGCAUUAACUUAGGUGGACUUUGCAAUGGUGAUCAUGGAUACUUCUGCGAAGUUAGUGAACUGCAGUUAGAUGAAGCCACUGACGUGGAUGAUCUGGAAGACUUACUCACCAACACAUUGUUUGAGGUUGUUUCCAGUGAAAGCAGAAAUUCGCCAGUCAUUUUGUUCAUAAAACAUGUUGCGAAGUCUGUGGCACGAAAUUCAGUAUCUUAUUCAACAUUCCAAAGUCGGCUUGAGGAGCUACCUGAUAAUGUAGUCAUUAUCGGUUCUCAUGCUCAUACAAACAAACAUAAGAAUUUUGGGGAGAUGCAUGACAAGGGGAAACGGUCUGCAAGGACAAAUAAAUUUUUGAUGAAACUUUUCCCAAAUAAAGUGGUUAUUCACAUGCCACAGGAUGAAGCACUUUUAUCAACUUGGAAACAACGACUGGAUCAAGAUGUUGAUACCCUCAGAAUGAAAGAAAAUUUUAAUAGCUUGCAAAGAGUUCUGAGUCGGAUUGGAUUAGAAUGCAGUGGACUAGAGACAUUGUGCAUCAAAGACCAAAAUUUCUCUGUUAAAAGUGCAGAGAAGUUUGUUGGAUGGGCGUUGAGCCAUCACUUGAUGCAGAACACUCGAGAAGAUCUAGACAUGAGGCUGGUUUUAUCUCCUUAUGGGUUGGAACUCUUACAAGCUAAGCAAAAUGACACCACUAGCUUGAAGAAGUCAGUUAAGGAUGUUGAGACAGAAAAUGAGUUUGAGAAGGCACUUCUCGCUGAUGUUAUUGCCCCCCGUGAUAUUCAGGUGACAUUUGAUGAUGUCGGUGCACUUGAAAAUGUGAAGGAUACAUUAAAAGAGCUCGUCAUGCUUCCCUUACAAAGACCUGAACUUUUCUCUAAGAGUCAACUAACCAAGGUUUACAUCUCCUGCAAAGGAAUACUUUUGUUUGGUCCUCCUGGAGCAGGGAAAACCAUGCUGGCAAAAGCCGUUGCCACUGAAGCGGGAGCAAAUUUUAUUAAUAUUUCAAUGUCGAGUAUCUGCUCAAAGGUUUGUUUGCUUGGAGCUUAUUUGUGUUCUAUUUAG